GCCCGCUGGCGGUGUCGAACCUGAGGCAGAGCCUGGCAACACGCUUUUGGCGCCAAUAAGAGGACCUUGGUCAGCCUCUGCCUCCAGUUCGGUCCCUGACCGUCAGAGUUUGUGAAGGCGCCAAACUUCACAGCGCUCCAGCCAUGGCGCCUCCGCCCAGAGGGAACUAUGAUAACCCCCACUGCUACUGCCGGGGAGUGUUUCAGGUGGUGAUAAAAACUCCUCAGCAGGCUGCCUCACAGGGACCAAGAGGUAGUUACACUGACCGAAGAGAUCCGGACCUUGUGGACCCUGUUCAUCAGGAAGUCUGGCUGAGCCGUGAAGAGGCUGUGAACCCCGAAAGCUGCCUGAACCACAAAGCCGCAGUGAACCCCGAGAGCUACUUGAACCAUGAAGCCACCAUGAACCCUGACAGUUACUUGAACCAUGAAGCCGCCAUGAACCCUGGGAGCUGCCUGAAGCGGGAAGCCGUCGUGAACCCUGAUAGCUGCUUGAACCAGGAAGCCGCCCUGAGUUCUCAUAACUGCCUGAUCCAUGAAGCCCACGGGAACCAGGAAGGCUACCUGAACCGUGAAAAUGACGUGAACCCUGAAGGCUUCCAGAACCUUCAAGUCAACAUUAACCAGGAAGGUUACCUGAACAGUGAAGACUACUUGAACCAGGAAGUUGACCUCAACCAGGAUGGAGACCUGAACAAGGAUGGCAACCUGAACAAGGACGAUUACCUGGAUCUGGACGACUACCUGAACCAGAUCGACGACCUGGAUCUGGACGGCUACCUGAACCAGGAUGGCAAGCUGAAUCUCCUGGACGACUACCUGGACCAGGGCGGCUACCUGAACCAGGAUGACGAACUGACCCAGGACAGUUACCUGAAUCUGGAUGACUACCUGAACCAGGGUGGCGACCUGGAUCUGGACGACUACCUGAACCAGAAUGGCGAUGUGAACCAGGACAGUGACCUCAACCAGAAUGGCUACCUGAACCAGGAAGCCAGCAACAACCUUGAAGGCACCGAGAACCAGGAAAGCGGUGGGAAUCGCGAGGUGGAAGGCAACCUCCAGGGCCAAGGCAGCGGCGGUAGCAUCCAGGAGCCGGAGUUAGGCUGUGCGGCUGCUGGCGAGGCUCUGCAACUCCCAAGCGGGCAGCAAAGAGUACCACGCAACAAGUUCACGCCAACACAACUGCAAGAACUGGAAAGCGCUUUCCAGCAUAAUCCAUACCCCGACCUGCUUUCAAGAAGAGAGCUUGCAAGACGCAUUGCUGUGACUGAAGCUAGAGUGCAGAUUUGGUUUAAGAAUAAGAGAGCCAAGUGUAGGAGACGUCAGAGGUCGCUGAUGCUUGCAACAAAUACACCACCUGUUACCCUGGAACACCUUAUGAUCUUUAUGUUGGAUAGGCCCUAAGAUGUCAUAUUUGUUCGGGAGUCAAUUUGGAGAUGGAUUCUUUUAGUGCCACUGACUCAUGGGUUGCAUCUGCUGCCCAUGCCAUCCUCAUCCCCUCUGUAUUUGUGUUAUCAAUAAAAAAAUAAAUCUUGGUUU